GGCCACGAUUGUAUACAAACAAAAACCGAAAAUGGUAAUUUUGGCUUCGAAGAACAGCAACAAAAUCAACACAAAACGAGUUUUUUUUUUGCGUCAAGUUGCGAAAGGAAGUUAUCGAAAAGUUGAAGGUAUUUUUUAUUUUGGCAGCAGAAGAUAGAAUUAAGAGCAACACGAAUUUGGACUUCGGAUUGACUGUUGAAACACAGGAAAUUGCAUCACACGAAGAAAUCUGUAGCCUGACAGGAGGGAAUUGGACUAUUUGCGCACUCCGGAUUGACGGCGGAAGGAAAUUAAGUCAAAAGGAAAAAUCAAAUAACGACUUUAAAACGACGAGCAAAACAGGAAAAUAAUGCUGCCAAAGAGGUGUUCCUCGAAUUAAUUCAUCGCCCAUCCGUUCGCUGGGAUGUGUUGCUGGCUGGACGAAACGGACAUCGACAACAACAACAACGUCCAAAAAUAACACAACAGAGAAUGAACAAGUUGCAAAUUUAAAACAUCUACAUUUUUGCUUUACGUCCAUUUGUGCUGGAAGAAGUUGUGCGGACCCCGAACACAAAAAGUGGUUCGACCAGGCUCAAAAGUAUUCCAUUCCAUAAUAAAAGAUUGCGCGAGAGAUUGCCAAGGCCCGGAGUUCGAAAAGCGAAGAAUUUACAACGAAAUUAAGCGAAACGGACUCGCCGGAGCCUUCGCCGGGAAGACCUCGGAGCCAAGAAGACCACAACAGCCUCGCCUCGCCGGGAAGAAAAUUGCAUAAUGGACAAAUUUUUUGCAGCUGUAUCAUUAUUCCGUCGUCGGAAAUAUGAUGAGUGCAUCGAGGUGUGCAACGAGCUGCUGCAGCACAACGCUGCCCUUCAUCAAGGUCCUUGGGAGCUGAAGAUGCGAUCUAUGACCCAGCGAGUGUACAUCGACGAUAUCGAGGCCGACGACGACGUGGCCGAGGAUAUUUUGGACACGCAGACCAUCGCAACGGCCCCGCGGCCGGGCACCUCGAUCCGGACGACCGCAGCAGCUUCUGCCGCAGGAAAGGCCACGGCAGCUGGUGCACGGCCCCGGACUGGCACCGGCAGACCAAUUACCGGCAUUUCCCGUCCGGGGACGCUUUCGCUGCAACGGCCGGGAUCCACUUUGGGCAAUAAAACCGCGCUGAAAACCGCAAGAACCGCAGGAUCCGCGCGGAACAUACGGCUCGGAUCGGCCUCGAUGUUUGCCGUGGGCGAUCCAACCGGGCCACUGUUUCACAUCUCACGCCUCCAUCCGGACAAGUACGCCGACAAGGAUGCCAUCUCGAAGCCACUGUUUCAGUAUCUGUACUACCACGAGGGGGAGAUCCGCAAGGCGAUGGCCCUGUGCGAUGCGGUGUUGAACCUUAAGCGAACUAAUGGGGAAGGUUUGUGGUGGUGGAACGCCCAGAAAGGACGCUGCCUCAUUGCUACCGGUAGUCCGCGCGAGGCGGAACACUACCUGCGGGCGGCCCUCAACGAGCUGUACCAUCCGGAUACGGUGCUGCUGUUGGCGCGGAUCUACAUCAAGAUCGAUCAACCGACGGCGGCGCUGGAGGUGUGCAAAAAUGGGCUGGAGAAACUGCCAGGUGACAUCACCCUAAUGACCCAGCAAGCCCGCGUCCUUGAGCUGGUCGGAAACCUUUCGGCCUCGGUUCGCCGCUACCGCCACAUUUCCCAGCUGGACUCGAUGAACACGGAGGCACUCGCGUGCAUCGCCGUCAGUUACUUCUACGGGAACCAGCCGGAAACGGCUCUGCUCUACUAUCGGCGCAUCCUCUCGAUGGGAGCCCACAGUGCGGAGUUGUACUGCAACAUUGGACUGUGCUGCCUUUACGGGGGUCAGCUGGAUUUGGUAUUUCCUUGCUUUCAACGAGCGAUCCGAAUGGCAACUACCGCCGAGCUGAAGGCCGAUGUGUGGUACAAUUUGAGCUUUGUGGCGAUGACUACCGGAGACGUCCACCUGGCCCGGCGCUGCCUGCGGUUGGCCAUCGCCUCCAACGGCUCGCACGGCUCGGCCCUGAACAACAUGGCCGUGAUGGUGGCCCGCCAGAAGCAGUACGCCAAAGCCAAAUCCUACCUGGUUGCCGCGAAGGCCGCCCUGCCGAACUGCGACGAGAUUAAAAAUAAUUUAGAAUUCAUAGAAAACUUUGAAUAAAAUGCUCAUUAAAGCUGCGGUGGUGUGUCACUUAA